AUGAGGAUCGAGGAGCUCAUCCUCGACGGUAAGCUAGCUUGUUCUGGUGAAGCUGACAGCAGGCUUCAAGUCGUACCCCGUGCGAACGACGAUUUCAGGUGCACCAGACACCCCUUGUUUGUGCUAACGACAGGCUUCGAUGAGUCGUUCAACGCCAUUACGGGUCUGAACGGAUCCGGCAAGUCGAACAUUCUCGAUGCGAUCUGUUUCGUGCUCGGUAUCACGAACAUGCAGUCGGUGCGGGCGAACAACCUGAUGGACCUCAUCUACAAGCGUGGCCAGGCGGGCGUCACCAAGGCCUCGGUCACGAUCGUGUUCAACAACCAGGACCGCUCCAAGUCGCCCGUCGGAUUCGAGAACACGCCCCAGAUUACGGUUACGCGCCAGAUUGCCGUCGGAAACGUGUCCAAGUACCUCCUGAACGGACACAAGAGCACGCUGCAGACGAUCCAGAACCUCUUCCAGUCGGUCCAGCUCAACAUCAAUAACCCCAACUUCCUCAUCAUGCAGGGCAAGAUCACCAAGGUGCUCAACAUGAAGCCGGCCGAGAUUCUCGGCAUGGUCGAGGAAGCCGCCGGAACGCGCAUGUUUGAGGAGCGCAAGGAGAAGGCCGUCAAGACGAUGGCGAAGAAGGACAAGAAGGUCGAAGAAAUCGAAAGUUUGCUCCGCGAGGAGAUCGAUCCGAAACUCGAGAAGCUGCGCGCCGAGAAGCGCUCCUACCUCGAGUACCAGAAGGCGACGACCGAGCUUGAGCGUCUGACUCGUCUCGUCAAGGCAUACGAGUGGCAGGUCGUUGUCGACCGACUUGAGAAGAGCGGCGAGAUCAUUGCGCAGAAGAAGGCCGAGAUCAACCGCGUCAAGGAGGACGUCGAGCGAGGCGGCAAGGAGUGCAAGGACAUGGAGAAGGAGCGCGAGGAGAUCGAGGCCAGACGCACCAAGGAGAUGGCCAAGGGCGGCAAGAUGCAGGCCCUGACCGACGCCUUCAACGAGCUCGAGCGCGAGCUCGUCAAGGUCAAGGCUCAGCUCGAGCUGCACGAGAGCACCGUCUCGGAGGACACGAAGCGUGUCGAGACGGCCAAGAAGGCCAUCAAGGAUAAGAGGCAGUCCGCCGAGGACGAAGCCGCCUCGUUUGCUGAGCUGAAGGAGGCGUACGACGCUGGCGCCGCCGAGCUUGCCAAGACCGAAGAGCUGCUCCAGACGCUGCUGACGGGUCUCUCGUCGAACAACGAGGAGGAAGCCGGUGGCUACAUGGGACAGCUCGCCGAGGCCAAGGCUCGUCUCGCCGCUGCCGGCACGGAGGCUGAGCAGGCCAAGGUCAAGAUUGGCCACGCCGAGCGCGAGAUCAAGGAGGAGGAGCCCCGCGCAAAGAAGGCGGAGAAGGAAGGCGAGGGUCUCCUGAAGGAGCUCGCGGCGAAGCGCGCCGAGGCUGAAAAGCUGCAGGCACGCGUCGAGUCGGCUGGAUGGGACGACGAAAAGGAGCGCGAGCUGCUGGAGCGCCAGGCCGAGGCGGGACAAAAGGUCUCGGAGCUCAGCGAGAAGCGCGACGCCAUCAAGUCGCGCCUCGCUGCCAUUGACUUUUCCUACUCGGACCCGUACGCCGGUUUUGACCGCUCGCAGGUCAAGGGUCUCGUCGCGACCCUCGUCGACCUCGACCAGUCCAACUUUGCCGCCUCGACCGCGCUCGAGAUCUGCGCCGGCGGCAAGCUCUACAAUGUCGUCGUCGAGGACGAAAAGGUCGGCUCGGCGCUGCUGAACCAAGGCAAGCUCCGCAAGCGCGUCACGAUUAUUCCCCUCAACAAGAUCAACGCAUUCCGCAUGAGCGCUGAGAAGAUUGCCGCCGCCAACAAGGUCGCCCCCGGUAAGGUCAACCUGGCUCUGGAUCUCGUCGGCUAUGAUGACGAGGUUUCUGCUGCCAUGUCGUACGUCUUUGGCGACGUUUUCAUCGCCAAGGACAAGGAAGCUGCGCAGGCCGUCACAUUCAACCGCAACAUUGGCGUGCGCUCUGUCACCCUCCAGGGCGACGUGUACGACCCGUCCGGCACGCUUUCGGGCGGUGCCGCGCCGUCCUCUUCGGGCCUCCUCGUCAAAGUGCAGGAGCUGCGCGCGAUUGAGCGCAAGAUGACCGAGUACAAGAAGGUUCUUGCUGAUGCGUCCCAAGAACUCGCAAGCGCCAAGCAGCAGAUCGACCAGUGGCGCAAGGACAAGCGCCAGCUCGACCUGUGCGCGCACGAGGUCAAGCUGCUCGAGUACCAGGUCAGCGGUUCGAACGCAACCAAGAUUAUCGCCGAGGUCGAGGCGGCCCGCAAGACGCUCGCCGAGCUCAAGGCUGUGGUCGAGUCCGCCAAGGCGAAGAAGAAGGAGGCCGAGGCCGAGUGCAAGCGCCUCGAGCAGGACAUGGCCGACUUUAGCAACAAUAAAGACUCCAAGCUGAAGGAGAUCAAGGCGUACAUUGCCGCGCGCAAGAAGGCGCUUGGCAAGAAGACGGCCGACGUCAAGAGCCGCCAGAAGGAGGUCCAGACGGCCGAACUUGAAGUGCAGCAGCUCGAGGGCGACGUCGAGGCGGCCAAGGAGGAGCUUCUCCACUCCCGCGUCGCCAAGCACCAGGCCGACUACAAGGCAAUGGAGGACAAGCUGCGUGCCGAACGUGCCGUGCUCGUCGCCUUUGACAAUGAGCUCGCCGACCUCGAACGCGACCUCAAGGCGAAGAAGCAGGAGAUUGUCGACAGCGAGCUCGCGCUGAAGAAGCUGGAGCACGACCUCGGCGUCAUCACCAAGGAGCGCAGUGCGUCCGAGUCGGCCAAGGACAACCUCGAGAAGCAGUUUACCUGGAUUCUCGAGGAGAAGCAGUUCUUUGGUCAGCGCGGCACGCCGUACGACUUCCACGGCGUCAACCUCUCGCAGGCGCGUGAGCAGUGCCGCGAGCUCGAGGCGCAGCACAAGGGCAUGGGCCGCAAGAUCAACACCAAGGUCAUGAACAUGAUUGACAGCGUCGAGAAGAAGGAGGCGGCGCUGCAAAAGAUGAUGGCGACGGUUCUGAAGGACAAGGCCAAGAUUGAGGCGACCAUCACCGAGCUGGACCGGUACAAGCGCGACGCUCUGCUCAAGACGUGGGAGAAGGUGAAUGGCGACUUUGGCCUGAUCUUUAAGGAGCUGCUGCCGGGCAACUUUGCCAAGCUACAGCCGCCCGAGGGCCAGGACCUGACAGAAGGACUCGAGGUCAAGGUCCGCCUUGGCAGCGUGUGGAAGCAGUCCCUCACAGAGCUGUCGGGCGGGCAGCGCUCCCUCAUCGCGCUCUCGCUCAUCAUGUCGCUGCUCCAGUUCAAGCCUGCACCGAUGUACAUUCUCGACGAGAUUGACGCCGCCCUCGACCUCCAGCACACGCAGCACAUCGGCCAGCUGUUCCGCAACCGCUUCAAGGGGUCCCAGUUCAUCGUUGUGUCCCUGAAAGAGGGCCUGUUCACCAACGCCAAUGUGCUCUUCAAGGCGCGCUUCCGAGACGGCACGUCGAUUGUCGAGCGCACUGCGACGCGGAGUGCGAGUGUCGCGCCGGAGAAGCGCGCGCUGGGUAACAGCGGGGGGACUCACGAGGUGCUGGAUAGCUGGAAACUCACGCCUGGCGGUCAGCUGGAAGAGCAGAUGGAGCGAAAGCUGGGUGGGAGACUCACAAAAUCCCGUAUAACAAGUCUGCGACACGCUUAA